AUUUGAAGUCGAAAAACGAGUCGUGCCGCGCAUUGGCUUCGAGCCGGAUCUGACGAAGGGGACAUUCGGUUUCGAUAUCAACUUUCCGGUUCCGGACAAAAAGCGACUUGGUUUCGGAAUUGACGCCGAAAUGCCCAUUUACAAUGUCAAAGCCCCAUCAAAUGUCACCUACGGCAUGACCGGUUCGAAUGACGCAGCAGCUGCGGAGUUGCUGUUCCGGAAUAAGGCCUUGUACGGUGAAGAUGUGACAGAGAAAGAAGCGAUGGAAGCCCAGAGAGCCGCAGAGGAGCGCGCGGCAUUGGCAACAGAAGACCAGCGUGUUGCAUCGUUCCGAAAGAUGCAAAAGUCGUUGACUUUUGCAUCGCCUGUUCGUGGUGGCUUGUAUGGAGAGGAUCUUGGAGACGCCACGACAGCGUACAACGAACGUAUAGUAAAUCAAGACGGAAGUCAGGAUCCCCGUCCCUCGAUGUCGGCAGCAUCUUCUGGUGAAGUGGGAACUACAUCGGACUCUUUCCAGCUGUUGCACGACGAAAAGCAUAUUGGACAAGAAAACGCUGUGCGCGAAGAUGAUAACGACGUUCCAGAAAGAUCGGACUCGAUCACGUUCUACAGGAAAACUGCGGAUAUGCUCUCGAGGAUCCGAGACUUGACCUUCGGGAGCAUCUCGACUUCUGCAGGCAACACUGAACUAGCGAAAAGACCGCAUGCGGAUCCAGACGAGGAAGUCAUCGUUAGUGAUGUGUCCUUACCACCGAGUUCGGAUAGCGGAGAUGAGAUAAAGCCUCAAAUAGGUGAAGAGGAUGAGAAAGAUGCUCUGACGCGAAAAGAGGUAGCCGAAGCAUCGAAAGUCGUUCGGAAGAGUCUA